AAAGCUUGAAACCUUCGAAAACCGUUUUCCUCAGAUCAUGUCUCCGAAAGGGUCAGUCUCUUUCUCCCUUCUUGUUCUUUCUCUACCCAAUCGCUGCUCUGUAUACCUAUAUUUUAUACAUGAGUGUAUAUAGAUGUAUACAGUACAUGUUAGUAUUGAUCUUUUUCCAUAAAGUUUAUUCUGGGUAAAUAGUUUUUCCACAAAGUUUUGUUUGGAAUUGUACAAAUUUUCAGCUCCUUUGAUUCUUGCUCAUGGCACUUUCGAAUUCAGUUUUUGUUGGAGAAAUUUACUGAACUACUUCUUUGGUUUUGCCCUUUUGAACCUCCUUUCUAUUUUCUUUGAUUCACUCUUUGAGAAAUUGGGAUUGUAUACCUAGAACCUUGAUGAAUCUUGAUUUGUUAAUAGUAGAGUUCUAGUUGGAUCUUGUUUGAAAUUGUUUGAUCCUGCGCUAUAUUCCUGAUACCCUUUUCAGUGGAACUAUUGGGAAAUACCCAAUUUUCCAUUUGUCAAAUUUAUUGGAAAGAAGCGAUUUGGCAUCAAUUUAAGAGGGUAGCCUUUACUUUCAAGGUUUUUUUGGGGGUAUUUUUUAGGUUUUGGUUUUAGGGUUCCUGUUUGUGUAAAAUUUAUAUGCUAUGGAAGACUGUAAAUCAGCAACUCCAACAUUGGAAGGAGAAGAAGAUUUAAUUGCUGCUGCCCAGAAAAUUGUAAUAGCAUUGGAAAGUAGCAUGAAUUUGACGAGUGAUGCAAGGAAAAUCUUGGCGGAUUUAGGCACCAAAUUGUCCUCCGUAACAAAACUUAGUGAAAACAAAAAGGAGGAUGAGGAAGAGGGGUGGUUAGGUGAGAUCGAGGAGCGACUAAAUAUCAUCCAAGAUAAAGUCAUGAAUUGGGAGGUAGAAGAGUCUAUGAUUUAUGAUUGUGGCUCUGAAGAAGCAUAUGAUUAUGUUAAGGCUGUGGAUGAAGCCCAAAAGUUGACCGAAACCCUAGAGAGUUUGUGUUUGGAUAGAGAUGGUGAAGAAAGUGAACUUCUUCGUAGGGCUUAUGAUGUUGUUCACACGGCAAUGGUGAGGCUUGAGGAAGAGUUUCGGCGCUUGCUGGUCCAAAAGAGGCAACUAUUUGAGCAGGAGGACGUAUCUUUUAGGUCAAGCAAAGAGGAUGUUGAAAACAAGGGGUUGGUUAUGUCUUUUUGGGAUGAACCGUUUGUAUCUUUGAGGUCAAGCAUAGAGGAUGUUGAAAACAAGGGGUCGGUCUCAUCUUUUUGGGAUGAAUCAGUUGAGGACUUGGUUGAGAGGGAUGGUCUAAGCAGAAGGAUCUCUAAGGAUUUCGUCAUCCAUUUGGUCCACCCAUCUGUGAUUCCCCCCCUGAAAUGCAUUGCCAAGUUGAUGUUCGAUUCAAAUCAUGAUCAGGAAUGCAGGCAGGCCUUUAUCAGUGUCCAGAAGGAUGCCUUGGACGACUGUCUCUUCAUGCUUGAAGUGGAGAAACUGAGCAUUGAGGAUGUGCUUAAUAUGGAGUGGGGUGCUUUGAAUUCCCAAAUCAGAAGGUGGAUUUGGGCGAUGAAGAUUUUCGUGCGGGUGCAUCUUGCCCGUGAAAAGAGGCUGAGUGACCAGAUUUUUGGAGGGGUUGAUUUGCAUAGUUCGAUUUGUUUCAUUGAGGCAUCACAGUCUUCAAUGCUUCAACUGCUGAAUUUUGCCAAAGCUAUUGCCAGUGGCCCUCACCACCAACCAGAGAAGUUGUUCCGUAUUCUUGACAUGUAUGAGGUGCUCACGAAUCUUAUCCCCGAUAUAGAUGCUUUAUAUCCUGAUGAGACAGAUUCUCAUGUGAGAAACGAAUGCCAAGAUGUCCUAAGGCAAUUAGGGUAUUGUGUGAAGGCAACUUUUGUUGAAUUUGAGAAUCUUGUUGCCUCAGACAAAUCUACAACCCCUUUUCCCAGAGGAGGAAUUCACCCUCUCACUAGAUACAUCAUGAAUUAUAUCAAUCACCUAACGGAUUACGGUGAAAUCCUAAAUUUGAUUCUCAAAGACUCUGGUAAAGAAAAUACUGUUUCAUUUUCACCUGAUUUAAAUCCAACUGAGGAGGAUAAUUCAAGUGGAAGGUCUAGUUUUUGUGUUUCUCCAACAGUUUCAUUUUCACCUGAUUUAGAUUCAACCGAGGAGGAUAAUUCAAGUGCAAGUGCAAGGUCAAGUUUUUGUGUUUCUCCAACGGCUCUACACUUUCGAUCCCUCAUUUCAAUUCUACUGUGCAACCUUGAUGAUAAGUCCAAAUUAUACGAGGAAGAUUCCCUUCGCCACCUUUUCUUGAUGAAUAACACCCAUUACAUGACUCAAAAGGUCAAGCAUUCUGAGCUAAGAACUAUUUUAGGGGAUGAGUGGAUUCGUGAGCACAUUAGGAAAUUCAAACAGCAAGCGAUGAAUUAUGAGCGAGCCACUUGGAGUUCAAUCCUGUCAUUGCUAAGGGAUGAAGGGAUUCCCAGUUUGAAUUCUGUGUCGAAGACUCUUCUGAAAGAGAGGAUGCAGGGCUUUUAUGUCGCGUUUGAAGAGGUUUACAAGAUCCAAACGGCGUGGUUAAUCCCAGAUGACCAGCUCCGGGAGGAUCUGCGAAUCUCGGCAUCAGUUAAAGUGAUCCAAGCUUAUAGGAAAUUUGUAGGGAGACAUUGUAGCAAUCUCAGCGACAAGAGCAUCAAGUAUAGUGCUGAGGAUUUAGAGAGUUUCUUCUUGGAUUUGUUUGAGGGAUCCCCAAGAUCAUUGCACAGUCGCCACAGGAAGUGAUGGACGGUGAAUGAGGUGAGAGUUAUCCUGUCAAAAUGGGUCUCUCUCUCCCCUCUCUCUCUCUCUCUCUCUCUCUCUCUCCAAACAAAAAUGGAAGUAUCUGUGCUCUUCAUAUCUGGAAUUGCAAGAAACUUGUUGGUGGCCGGAGAGAUUGGGGUUUGCAAACACUUCCCUUUCUUACAAGCUUUUUACUGGAAGGUGAAUCUGAAGGUGUGGUGGAGUCAUUUCCAGAGG